CAUCCAUCCAUCCAUCCAUCCAUCCAUCAUUGGACAUAGAAAUAGAUGAUCUGUCUCUGUCUGCAGGACGGUCUGGUGAAGGUGGGCUGGAUGGACUGCAGCGUCCAGCAGCAGCUCUGUGACAGUUUCCAGGUGAGCAGUGGAGCCACGGCUCUGUUCCCUCCUGGAAGCGCUGUGGAUCAACAGGACAGCGUUCUGUGGCUGGAGACUCUGGACAGCAGAGAGAUCUACAAGCAGGUCCUCCAUCAUCUGCCUGAUCUGGACCUGCUGUCCACGGACACUUUCAAGGAGAAACUGGCGCAUCAUCGCUGGCUGAUCAGUUUUACCUUCAGUAGCGGGUCUGCCUCCAGCGAGUACAAGAAGCUCCGCGCUCUCCUCCGAAACGACCACAUCCAGGUGGGGCGGGUGGACUGCGCCGCAGAGCGCCAGCUGUGUCAGUCUCUGUACAUCCAGAAACCCUGUGUGGCCGUUUUCAAAGGACUGGGAAUCAACGACUUUGAGAUCCACCACGGGAAGGACGUGCUCUACAACAUCGUGGGUUUUGCCAGGGAGAGCGUUCGCGCUCAUGUGACCACGCUGAGGCCAGACAACUUCCCCUCCAACAGGAAGGAGCCGUGGCUCGUCGACUUCUUUGCUCCGUGGUGUCCUCCAUGCAGAGCUUUACUUCCUGAACUGAGGAAAGCGUCCAUCCAGCUGGCGGGACAGAUGAAGUUUGGGACCCUGGACUGUACGGUCCAUCCAGACCUGUGCUCCACGUAUAACAUCCAAGCGUAUCCCACCACCGUCAUCUUCAACGGCUCGUCUCUGCAUGAAUAUGAAGGACAUCACUCUGCUGACGGCAUCUUGGAGUUCAUCCAGGACCUGGUCAACCCGUCGGUGGUGGUCCUCGAUCCCUCCAGCUUCUCAGACAAAGUUAAAGGCAGAGCUGAGGGGCAGACCUGGGCGGUGGACUUCUACGCUCCUUGGUGCGGUCCCUGUCAGGCCAUGAUGCCAGAGUGGAGACGCAUGGCUCGGAUGGUUUCUGGUCAGAUCCUGGUGGGUUCCCUGGACUGUCAGCGCUUCCAGACCUUCUGCCAGAGCCAGGGAGUGAGGGCCUACCCUGAGGUCCGCCUGUACGCCGGGAGCAGCAAGCAGCCGGACCGCUAUGCGACCUACAGCGGCUGGAGCAGAGACGCCCAAACGCUGAGAGCCUGGGCGCUGAGCUCGUUGCCCAGAGCGUCGGUGGACCUGACUCCAGAGACCUUCAGAUCCCAGGUUCUUUCAGGUCGGGAUCACUGGGUUCUGGAUUUCUAUGCCCCCUGGUGCGGACCAUGUCAACACUUUGCUCCGGAGUUUGAGAUCCUGGCCCGGACGCUGAAGGGGGAGGUCCGGUCCGGGAAGGUGGACUGUCAGGCCCACUAUGAGACGUGUCAGUCAGCUGGGAUAACCGCCUACCCUACAGUGCGCUUCUACGCCUACCGAGGAUCCAGGAGGUAUGAACACAGCGGGGAGCACAUCAACAGCCGGGACGCAAACACCAUCGCUGACAUCAUCAGGAGCCGCCUGGAACAGCUGUCGCCACGGUUACACAGCACGCCAAAGGAUGAGCUCUGACACCGGAGGAGCCCCGUUCUGAUUGGUGGGAGCCGGAAUGCGCCUGAUUUGAUUGGUCCAGCCUCCUGGAGCCUGACGGCGGCUGGGAGCCGCCUCCAGGGUGUGUAUUUACUCUAUGAAGUAAACCUGCGGGACACGAUGGGAAGUUACUGACGCACUACUGCAUCUCAGCUGCUGAGAUGGUCUCUGCUUUUUAUUCUCUCAGGUUUUUAUUUGGGCUAAAAUUGGUAGAAAUGAACUUUUAUCCUUUAGUUUGGCUUCACUGUUCUGGAUAAAAACAAACCUGUUCUAUAAAAGACACUCCAUCUCAAUCCAAUAAAAUCUUCU